AUGUCAAGUUUAGCACAACAAUUGGCCAGCAAAAAGGGAGCAUUGCGACACACUCAGACACAGGUGACUACUCCUGAUGGGCAGUCUAAGAUUGAGGAACUGUGUGCCGAUGGAUCUCGUAAAGUGUUGACUCUGCCUUCCACCAGCCUUGGCUUUGUGGUGGACACUAAACCUGAUCUCCGUUACUGCCACGUCCUCAACAGAGUCAUCUUAGGGUCACAAGAUGUUGCUCAUGACCUCGACAUUCUAACCAAUAAUAAAAUCACCCACAUACUAAAUGUUGCCACUGGUAUAAUUAAUCUCUUUGAAGGCUGGUUUACCUACAAGACUAAAGAGGUCUAUGAUGUGCCAGGCUGCCGAAUAAUUGAUAUCUUUGAUGAGUGUUGUGACUACAUCCACACUGCAGUUGUUUCUGGUGGAUGUGUCCUGAUUCACUGCAAUGCUGGUGUGUCACGCUCGGCCUCAAUUGUAAUAGCUUAUUUAAUGAGGCACUAUGGGAUGAGCUUUGAUGAAGCUUUUAAGUUUGUGAAAUCCAAAAGGUCAUUUAUAAGGCCAAAUGCUGGCUUUAUUGACCAGUUGAAAGAAUAUGAAACAAAACUGGGCGUGUUGUAGUAAGUAAUUUUUUGGUCAAUGAUUAUUUGUAUUUUUCAGGAUUUUGCAUAAAUUUGUAAAUGAGGAACUAACUGUAGAAAUUAAAUCUGGAAAUAAAUGCUCUUUGGUGCUCUUGUGCCUCAUAGAUACAGUAUAUGAUGAUUAUAUUCAAUUAAAACUUCUCUGUAUAAUAGGCAAAUGCUUUGACCUUCAGUUAACAAAAUAACUCCGUAUUUAUCUACAUUUCUCCAUCACAUUUAAUCAAAUACAACAAGUGCUCGCUUUAGGUCAUGUUUCGUUCUUGUAAACCACAAUGUUAAUGGAAUAAAUUUUUCCCAUAAGAACUAGAUAAAAUAUGCUAGUUCUGUUCCCCAGCCUCCUUUUGCCCUAUAAAAUACAUUACAUAUAUACAGUAUAUAUAAAUUCAAUGGAAUUUUUAUAGGAAAUAUAUAUUAUCCAAAAAAAUAAACAAACUAAAUGUUUAAUUAAUAAGAUAAAACAGCAAUUUUGUAUUGUACUCACCGAUGGCCCUUAAUCUUGUCUUUGUUGGUCCAGAUACUGUGCACUGUUGUGGAGUUUAGGCCAAAUACUACACCAAUGUCCACAGCACGUUCACCUCUAUCAAAAUGGUUUAAAACACUUGCAUUACUUGGACACUGGAAGCUAGCUUAAGAAGGAGUGGGAAGAAGACGCUUGGGGAUGCCUAUGAUGUGAGAGAGAGUGUAGCGCAGUAAGAUGCGAGAGGCCUUAUUCUGUGUGCCAUACAAAGUAUUCCGUGCUGGGUGACAAUGUUAGUGAUGUUAUAAUGACUUGGGGUGGUCGGUAAAACACGUUGUUGGAAUCAUGGGUAUUUAAAGAGUAGCAACAUAAUGAAAAUGUUGUCUGGAACAAUGUUAAGUGAGGACUUACUGUAAAUGGUGCUGACUUUUUCAGCUAUCAUACUUUGUUUAGACCUUGUCAAUAUAAUUGUUAGUUAUUUUCUCCAGUUACAGUAUUUGGUGAAAUUGUUUUUUGAUUUCUUGAGCUUGCAAAUUGUGCUUUAUUCUUCAUGUGUAAAUUUUGAAGAAAUUCUCAAUAUACCCAGGUCAGUUUUAAAAUGGAGGUGUUUCCACCAUGUGUGUGUAACUAUAAAAUAUAGGUAAUUGAUAUGGUUGAUAUGAGAGGUUCUCGAGACAGCAGUUUAAUCAAAUUCAUAGAUCUGAAGGAAGUCACUGUUGUUUGAAUUUUUCCAUUUAUCUAAAGCUUACAGUUUUCCUGUCAUUCUCAUUGCUUAUAGAGUCAGCAUGAUGUAUGUACACAUAGAUGUAAUAAGAAAAAAUAUGUGAAGAAAGUCUCAAGUUCACCUUAACUUGACAACAUUGGAUGACAUCUCUUGAUUUUGAAAUCCUGAAAUUACAGUCCAAUACAAUACAGUACAGUACUGUAUUAUGAAUGGUAAAAACCAGCACUAUCAGAAAAAGAUUUUUACUUGUCCGACAAUGGAAAUUACACCAUUUUGAAUGUUCUGUCAUAAGAAUAGUGAGAGCAGCAACCUUAACAUUGAAAACCCCCCCGAUGUGAUUCAGUAUUUCUUUUGUCAUUCUAGCAAGGCUUUUCCCACCAUGAUGCAGGGUGGCGAGAAACAAACACAGUCUUCCUUCCUGUCAUUCAAUCAUGUUUAACUUUUGUGUCGUUCCCACAAACCACAUAUCAUGCUCUCCCAUCAUAACAUGUAUGGCUACUCUCUGGUUCAGAAUAUUUCUUAUGCAUACCAACGGAUCGUGUCAUCUUACAACUCAAUAUAGAACUUAACAAUCA